UAGUAAUAAUUAUUAUCGAUAUCAUAUAUUAUUGCAGAAAUCAGUGAAAUGGACGGAAAACUUGAAAUGCAUGGUGGUUUGAAUGAGAGCGAAGUCGAAGAGAUUGCAUCACAUUUACAAGAUGGCAGAUUAGUUGAACUUAGCAAAUCUUUUCUCAUGGGGAUAAAAAAUUGUUCCGACCUAACGAACAAGGGUGGUGGUUUCGGUAAAAUAUAUAUUUCUCGCGUUCCUAUUCCUGGAUUCAAACACAGACUUGUCCUAAAGGAAAUUGGAGGAGAUAAUGAGAAUUCAAAGUCUCAAACGCAACUUUUUGGGUCCGUUAAAAAUGAGAAGCUGGCAUCACGCGUGAGACACUUUGCUAUCGUUCCACUGUUGGCAUACCACGAUGAUCUGUCGAUAGGUGUAUGUUACUUGAUUUCACCGUAUUUUGAAAAUGGUGAUCUGUUCGAUGCACUUCGAUCCGACAACGGAGACAACGUUCUUCUUGACUGGAAAACAAGGCUGAAAGUGAGCUACCAGAUAGCAUGUGGAAUAGACUACAUGCAUACAAGUAAUUCGUUUCGGGGAACCAUUCUACAUCUGGACAUCAAGUCAAAGAACAUCGUGCUUGAUAACAAAUUCAACGCUAGGUUGAUAGAUUUUGGCUUGUCAAGGGAGUCAAUGACAGGAAGUAAUAUAACAACAGCGCCUUUAGCAGGAACCGAAUUAUACCGUCCACCAGGUGUUCACAAAACGAGCCCUUUACUGGAUUAUUAUGCUUUCGGUGUUGUUAUUCGGGAACUUUUAACCGGCCUAGGUCCUGAGGGAACAUGUCGUUCUCAGACACCACUGGGACGGUUGGACAUGGUGAAUUUUGAAGAUGUGAUACAGAGACGUAUAUGGACAAUUGAUUAUGUCUGGAAGAGUGUGUCCAGUAUAGCAAGUCGAUGCAUAUCUAGCGUAGAUGAUGACGAAACAAGUGGUCAAAUAUCAUCAGCUUUAAUACGCACAUCAUUGAAGUCGAUUUUAAUCAAAGAAUCAAUACAAAAGUGGUCGGUCUUGGAUGACAAUAACUGCGAAAUAUGUAUAGUUAAUGGACAAUUGGAAAAAGAAGAUAUUUCCUUUCGCCGAGUAUCAGAAAUAAAUCAUUCUAACUGCGCAACAAAAAUCAAAAUAUGUUGUGCCUGCAUGAGGAAUUCGUACAUAAAUCCAGUAAAGUGUCAGGAGUGCGAUAACGAGAUCAAAUCUAUCAUAGGAGAUGGAUGGGGCGCCAUUUUAAUAGCUGGAUUCGACGAAGACAACGAUUCGUUUCGAAAUGAUGUGAUGAUGUUCGCACAAGCUAUAUCAUCGAAAGUUCUGCCAUCGAUGUGUGUAAGCACUGUGAUCACAAUUGAUUCGGCAACGCAAACAACAGAACCUGUGUCAGUCCGGAUUGAUGAUGCAUUUAAUACGGUUAUGAGACACAAUGUUCACACGUUGGUGUUUCUCUACUCAGGACACCACGGCAACGACGGAUUUAAAGUUGGCAUGAAUGAAUAUGUCAGCAUGCAACACAUUAACAGAAAAAUACAAGAAUGUACACACGUUGAAAAAGUCAUAGCAUUUGUGGACUGUUGCCAGCCAGAAAUAUUCAGAGUAAAAGAAGAACGACGUCUCAUUCAAUUCAACGCAACUGCGAGUACGGAUACGGCCAUAUCUUUACGAAACGAAGGAAGUCCUUUUACGAAGUUGUUGGUACAGGCUUUCACGAUGAAAGCUUCAGGUGGCAAAUGUGCUUUGCCGCAUUGUGAAUGUCGCAUAGAUGGACCCUUUAUAACAAUCGAUUCGUUAUCGCAUUACAUUGAGAUACACAGACAAAACGGACUUUUGCGUGGCAUGGAACCUGACAAGAGCUUGAUGAAAAUUAAUUGGCAAAAUGAAUGCCUUGCCUACAAUUACUCAUACAAAGUGGCAUUUCGUUUCGACAUUGUACUUCCUGAACCGUUUACGUAAAACACACAUACGAGGUUCUGGCAACAACUGUGAACGACUAUGAUGCCCUGAUACAAACGAUCCUAUUUCCGAGAUUUGCUGACUUAUUGGGAGAACAACUUAAUGUGCAUCAAAAGUCAAUGUCACAUGCAGACAAGAAUGCCGAUUGCUUGUGCAUUGUUUAUGAUACGGGUCCCAAAUGGUGUGAAGAAGUAGACAACAUUGAAAAACUUGUGCUUGCUUGGAACUCGAAGCGUUUGUUGUGCUGCAAGCUACGAUUCUCACUGACAGGCGAUUGUCAUAAACCGUCCGGUUUUUUCUUGAAAAACGGUAAAUCUGUCAAGGAUUGCAUGCACGAAAAGAAAGAAUUUGAGUUGACAGAAAUGGAGAGUUUCAUAAAGGAUUUACAAGAUAAAAGGAAUAAGUGCGACACUGACACAGAACAAGCGUUAACCGUUUUCAUUUCAAACAUGUCUUCAUUUAUUCAUGGCUGCAAACGGAACAAGCUGAAGCAUCAAAUAAUACAAAUUCGCUUCAUUGAUCUCUUUGAUGAAUGUACAAGCUGCGUGGUUCAACUUUUGAUCGUCAAUCCAGUGGACAUGAAUGGAAUGGACAAAUGCUCGGAGCAUGGUAAAGGAUUCGAGUUUUACUGUGAAGAUCAUUUCAAGCUCUGCUGUACUACCUGCGUUAUAGCACACCGGAAGUGUGACAAAUUGGAUGACAUAGCCAGCAUUUCCAGGCAAAAAUUAGCACAGCUGCACGGAUUGAAACCAUCCUUGUUAAAAUUGAAAUCCGAUGCUGACGCUUUUGUUGCCGAAUGUAAGCACUCAGAAGAAGAGUUGAAUGCAUCAGUUGAAGACGUAUCCAAAGAUGUCAAUGAAAUGACAGAUCGAAUGAUAAAACUCUUUGACGCUGCGAAACAAGAAUGGCUUACCGAAGCAAACGCUUUAAAGAGUGAAGAAGUGAAGAGACUGAGUAUAAUGCAAUCUGUCUCUACAAAAAUUAUGGAAGAAAUAAUUCAACUGUUUCCUAUGUGGUCUUCUAUUGCAGACCUAGGUUCACCUCAGCAAAUGUUUAUAUUAUCUAAACAGGUUGAGGAGAAAAUUAAAAAUAUCGAAUCCAUAAUAAAAGAACAACGAAUUACGCAAGUUUCAUCAAAAUUGGCAUUGUCGUAUACGGGAAAGCUGUCGUCGAUUCUUGAAAUGGGAAAACAAUUCAUGAAAGUGAAUUUGGAACGAAAAGGAAAUCCCAGUUCCAUCAGUUCACUAUCCCAGUCGAGGCCAGUCACCCUGGAGCUGAUCGUGUCAUUGAAUCUACCAAAGUCUGAAGAUAAUGAACGCGAACCUUUGCUCUCUGGACUAGACUUCCUGUCGGACGGAAGACUGGUAGCUUUGGAUAAUCUUAACAAGAAAUGUAUGAUACUGAACGAAGGGCUGAGGAGACUCGGACCACCAUACACGUUAAAGUCAUACCCCAAAGAUGUAGCAGUUUUGUCUAAUAGUGAAAUAGUAGUGACAUGUUUUGAAUGUUUACUUUUUUUAUCAGUGAGUUCAGACAAUGUCAUCAGUCUGACUAGGCAAAUUAAAACAUCGUCGAGUUUCUCCUCUAUAUGCUGCAAGACGCCAACACAAAUGGUCGUGAGUACGAGCGAUGAUAUCCGUAAUGUUAGAAUGAUAUCUGUGGACGGAGUUGAGACUGACUUUCAGCAAGUGGAGUUUCCAAAGAAGACGUAUAAAUUAGGCGAUCGUUUGAGUGCGUAUGUCCAGUCCAAGAACACGUUAGUACUGACUGACUAUUACGCUAACACAGUGUACAUGUACGACACCGUGAAGGGCACGUCAGUCACUAUUGGGAACAUACAGAAACCACGUAGUGCCUGUGUCGGACCAGGUGAUACGGUCAUGGUGUGCAGUGAAAAUAAGAACUCCGUUGUGCACCUGACUGUACACGGUGACUUCCUGGGUACAUACACCGUGGGUAUGAAGUACCCAUGCAGCAUAUGCGUGUCUAGGGAUAGGGCUAGGCUGGCGGUGUCUAACUGUGCUAUUGGUGACAGAAAACUUCAGCUAUAUAAGAUACUACCAACACUCAAUAACUAGAAUGUGAUCACAGAUCAGCUGCUAUCUAUGUGGCCAUUGAACUUCAUCAUUGAUCAGCAGUUGGCGGUUUGUUGAAGUAUGUGUUUGAUCAAAGGACGGUUACAAAUACAUUGAUGUAAAUGAUUUUAAUAAGUUUGUACUAAUAAUAGUAAUAGUGACAGUAUUAUUCAUAAUAGUGUCGUUAACAAAAGGAAUGUACACAUAUAAUUAUUUUGAAGAAUUACGUGCCAUUUACACAAUAUAAUGUUUAAAUUCCACGUAGAAAUGCACACAUUGUGAGGAAUUGCUAAUUUGAAUUUAGCUGUUUGCUCGCGCAUUGUUUUAACAUUUCAACAAUUUGACCAUCAUCGGCUAGACUUCAGGCAAAAUUACGGUAUUAUAAUAAAUGAUUGUAUAGAUAAUGCUUAACUUUUAUUUUUAGUUACCAAAGGUAUAUCUUUAUCGUAACUACAACUGAAUUUCGAUAUUUUACUAACUUAAGUACAAAAAUGUGAAUCACCCAAAAAUGUAUCCACUUUAUUUAUUUAUUUAAAUGAAAUACAUACUAUCAAGUCAUGGAUAUAACUCAAAUGUUUGAUUGAAUCGUUUCUUUUUGCCCCUGAACGUAGUUCACAAUAUGUUACUGUAUGCACGCGUAUAUGUUCUUUUAACACAAAUAUUUAUGUGCAUCUCUACGUCAUACUAUUUGUGCUUCUUUGCUUUUCACGUAGUGGACACGAACGGUUUUGACACUAAA